AAAAUUUAAAAUCGAAAUAAAAUAUAAAAUGCAGUCUUGUAGUACGGCGUUGGUUAAGUUCGUGUUAUUCGUUUUUAAUGUACUUUUUGCGAUUUCCGGUCUCGCUAUAUUGAUUACUGGUUCUGUGGUCUUAUCUCAAAUGAAUGACUUUAAUUAUUUUCUGGACCAAAAUGCUACCGGACCCCCUAUUGUUUUAAUUGUAACCGGUUUAUUAAUAUUUGUUAUAGCCUCGAUUGGUUGCAUUGGUGUUAUACGAGAAUCACCGAAACUUUUGUUAACGUUUGCUUUGCUAUUGGGUAUAGUAUUCGUUAUGGAAUUGGCUGCUGGAAUAGCCGCUUGCUUCUAUAGAGCUGAUAUGAAUAAUCGAUUGCGAAGCGCCUUAGAAGACUCAAUGAGACAAUCCGAUAAAACCGAUCUUGAUGCUUGGAAUCAUAUACAAAGUGAAAUGAUGUGUUGUGGAAUUGAUAACCCCUCCGAUUGGCGUAGACUAAGCUUAAAUAAGACUUUACCAGCCAGUUGCUGUCGUCCUCCAUACAUUGAUGAAAAAGUAGGACACUGUUUCGACUCACUAGCUUUGGGUAAAGACAAAUAUUUCCAGGAUGGCUGUUUAAAUAAAUUAGAGAUGCAUAUAAGUGGUAAUGUGAUGACAUUAAUGAUAGUAGGCGUUUGCAUUGCCUUCCUGCAAAUACUAGGCAUUAUAUUGGCUGUAUAUCUAGCUUCCACUGUACGAUAUGAACGUCAAAGAUAAAUUAGCGCAAAUUCUCGGAAAUGGUUUAUUCUGCAGCAAUUCGAAAUUUAAAAGUAUAAUUUUAAUGGCGUCAUGCACGACAAAGACAA